GCCGAGUGGGAGUGCCAACGGCGACGAGAUGACGGACAACCGACCACCCGCCGGCCGACUGCUGGGCCACCAUUUCGGCCUCCGCUCCUUCACGCAGGCGCACACCGUCCCUGUGGUCUUCAGGCUGGUGGCUUCCCCGGAGGAUGUCAAGGAUGGCGAGUCAGGUACGAGGGUAGGGAGGGCUGGCGGAGAACGAAAAGAGUCAGAUCUAUGCCGAGUGAUGGGAUGUGUGCGUCUUGUGAAUAUAUCAGUAUCGUUGCUGGUCGGUGGCAAGACUCAUCGCAUGGCCCGUCCGUCGCCCACAUGUGACGCCUGGCGCGUCUGUGUGGCCAUCCCGCCGGGCGACCAUCAGUAUCAGUACGUCGUGACCGACCCCGAUGGCAUCGGCACGCGCCACGAGCACAUGAAGGAGGUCGACGGCGGACGCUCCGCCCGCCGCAUGCAGCGAUCCGCCGAGCACACCAUCCCCAGCCACCACUCGGCCAUCCUGCUCAUCGUCACGGACACGGUCGAUCGCUUCAUGUACGCUCAUAGUCACUGUGGGGGCUUCAUGGGCGACUGGACCUCCGUGAUGCCAUCGGAGCAGGUGCGCAACGUGAAGACAUGGGAGCUGGAUUUGCGUGCAUCGUCUGCUUGUGCGAUGUGCAGGAGUUUGAGGGUUCCUUCACCCCGUCGGCCCUCUUCGGCAGCUCCCAGCCCCCGCCGCCAUUCACAGCCUUGCCAGACCCAGACGCCCUCCCGGCAUCGCUCCCCAAUACGGCCACCAUCUACACAAACAUCCGCAAGGCCGUCACGCUGCAAUUCGGUGCUGGUGCGUGCCAUCUGACGAAGCGGCUGGCCAUCGGCAUUGCGUGCGGCACAAUCAGUGAAGGUGCGGCGCGCAGUCUCAUCGAGCAGGGGGCCAACAUCAAGGGCGGCAUCCAGGAGUGGCAUGGGGGCGACAUCAGCCUGGUGCAACUGGUGGUCGCAUACCAUUACGGCUCAUCGGCUGGCAACCUGCUCCGGGCACUUCUCGACGCCGGGGCGCCGAUCGACGGGAGCACCGAUGACGCGAAGCAUAGGAGUUUGCUGAUUGCAAUCAGUCGAAGGCGGUGGGCGCUGCUGGAGAUCCUGCUCAAGCCGCAAUACAAGGCGGCCGUCAACGGCAUGCAGCUGCUGUCGGAGCUGGGCGUAGAGGGCAAAGAGGAGAAGGGCCUGUCGCCGGCUGCCCACCUGCACAUCGUCAAGAAGAUCGCCGAGCUCGACCCCUCUGUCCUCACAGAAGUGGACGGCAACGGCAAGCAGCCCAUCCACCGCUACUGCCAGCGCCCCCUCACCAGCGCCAAGUACCAGCAGCAGCUCAUCGACUACUUUGUCGAGGUGUGCGGGCGCGACAUCGUCAACGCAACAGACAGUGACGGCAGGGGGCCGCUGUGGGACGCCUAUUUCUCGACGCACCUCAGCCGCACAAAGACCAUCCAACGCCUGUACCACUUCGGUGCAGCAGGGCACAUCAACACGCCCAACAGGAGCGGGCGCACUCUGCUGUGGGACCUGGCGCGGGAGAUGACUCACGACGACGAAUACGAGCCUUCGGAUGUGCGGGUCGAGCCUGAUCUGCUGGACUUGCUCACGCACGGUGCCUCGCUGACGGCUGCCGGCGUGACCCCACAGAGGGCUAUCAGAGAGGCCAAGGAUGAGGAGUAUGAGAGGGAGCACGGCCGCCGCGGCGAGAGGAUGAGGGACUACGACGGCUGGUACAGCGACUCUGAGGACGACUAUUGGGACGAGGCAGACUGGCCCCUUAGGAGGAUCGUGAAGGCAUACGGCACACUGCUGAACCGCAAGAUCCCUCGCCGGGCCAUCCGGGCCAUCAACACCGCUCUGCAGCCCAGCCGCUCCAUCACGGCCUCGCUAGCCCGACCCAUCCGCAUCAGCGAGACGACACACGUCGCUCUCCCUCCCGAGAUCCAGACGACGAUCGCCUCCCUGCUGACCCCCUCCCCCUCCCUCUCCAUCGGGGAGAACCCAGUCGGCACACGCAUCAACCACGCCAUGCAGCGGUACGUGACGGCCGCCAGCCGCACUAUCUUCCAGCAGGGCAACGUCCAUGUGCUGCGGGGUGUGGCGGGAGCGCCGGGGCAGCCGCCCCAGCCACCACUGCGCCCCUUCGUCACUGGGGCAGACCGCCGGAUGGGCAUCUGCGAGGUGAUCUUUCGAGCGGUGCGAUCCGAGGCGCAGCGGUGGGGCAUCAAGCUGACACUCAAGCACGAGAUGGGCAAUGACGAGAGCAUCCUCAACACCAUGCGGGUGGCGUGACGUAGUGGCUGUUCGAGAAGGAGCGGGACAUCGG